AUGCUAUACAGAGACCAGACAGGCUCCAACAUCACAGGAACUCUUGUCUUGUCCGGAGAGUUCCACGACCGGACGUACUCCCACGGAUCUCACCUCACUCGCUUCUCUGUUCAGUCUGUGAUCAGAACUGCCGUGACCUCCAAGUUACCGCUAAACGGUCUCAACGGCUUGUACUUAGUCUUAACCUCAGAUGAUGUAGAGAUGCAAGAGUUCUGCAGAGCAAUUUGCGGCUUUCACUACUUCACUUUCCCAAGCAUCGUUGGCGCAACCGUACCCUACGUUUGGAUCGGGAACAGUAAGAAACAGUGUCCAGAAAUGUGCGCUUACCCUUUUGCGCAGCCUAAGCCGUUUCCGGGAAGUGGGUUUAUGGCCAGAGAGAAGAUGAAACCGCCAAACGGAGAUGCCGGAAUCGAUGGGAUGAUCAGUGUGAUAGCACAUGAGCUGGCUGAAGUGUCGAGCAACCCGAUGUUGAACGGAUGGUACGGAGGAGAGGAUGCGACGGCACCGACGGAGAUAGCUGACUUAUGUUUGGGAGUGUAUGGGUCAGGAGGAGGAGGAGGGUAUAUGGGGAGUGUGUACAAGGAUCGGUGGAGGAAUGUGUAUAACGUGAAUGGAGUUAGAGGAAGAAAGUAUCUGAUUCAAUGGGUUUGGGACCUUACUAGGAACAGAUGCUUUGGACCUAACGCUAUGAAUUAG